AUGCCGAAUCCGCUCCUGUUCGUCGGCAAGGGCGCGGCGCUGACGGCGGCGGCCCGAGCGGCUGACAAGGCGAACGAAGGCGGCGGAGCAUUCCAGCGGCUGGGCGAGGGCCGCGGCGCGGCAAUCCGGCUCGCGUGGCCGGCGGAGGCGCUGCACACCGUGCCGCACGAGAGGCGGGCGGCGGCGGGCGACGCGGACGACCCGUUCGCGCACGGCCGUCCGAUCACCAAGAGGGCGAGGCGCGCGGCGGGCGAGCUGCGCGCCGUGCAGCACCAGGAACGUGCGGAGGCGCCCAGAGAGGCGGAGCGGGCGGCGGCAGAGGAGCGGACGGCGGAGCAGGCGGCGCUGCUGGCGCCGCUCGCGGCGACGGACACCACGGCGAGCCUGGCGAAGCGGAGGCGGAGCGCCCUCGUGGCGGCGGUGCUGCAUCAACCCAUUGCGGAGCCGGCGGGCCGGGCGGCUCAGAUGCUCGCGCCGCUCGGUGAGCACUUGAAGAGGCAGUGCGACGAGGUGGCGAAGCGGUGGGACGACUUCCAGACGGAGAUGGAGCGGCUUGACGAAGACGGCGGCGAUGCGGACAUGCGCUCUACUUUUUUAGCUUACUGGGAGAAAAGGGAGAGGGAGGCGCGCUUUUUAGGCCCCUUGGGGGCCCUACCACUCAGCGCAGUCGGAGAAGCCGGCGAAAGCGGCGAGCGGCCGGCGCCCGGCGGAAGUGGAUUUUUGUGCCCUGGUGAGAAUUCCCUGGUGCCCGGGUAG